CUAUCCCUGUGACUUCUAAAUUUAAAGCGCCUCCACUGACGUCGUCGCCAUUGCCUUCCGUGUUUCUCUUUUAGUUCUGCAAUCUACAUAUGAUUGUGUCAUGUACAGGCUAUAUAAAAAAUAAAUAGGUAUCGCGGAAACAAUAAGAAAAAGCAAGCAUAAUGCGAAAAUCCAUUCAAUUUUGCAAUGCCGAAAAACAUCAUAUGUACAAGUGCUAAUUUACUUCGCUAGAGAAAUUGAAGAAAUAAUAAAAUAAGUGUGUUCUUUCUCAACGCAAAUUGCAUUGUGUUACACGAAUAUAAAUAUUCAAGUUCAUACGUAUACUCAUGGUUUAAUAUAAACAAAUAUAUACUAGUACGACUAGGGUUUUUGUGCGGUUCAUAAUAUUAAAAUACGUCUAUGUAUAGUGAUGAGUGCACAUCUACAAAUAUGUGAAGUGUACAAAAGUAGAAAUCAAAGUGAAAUAUGUAAAAAUAUAAGUUAUAUUCUAUAUCAUAUGCAACGGAUCGAUGGUGCCAAAAACCAGUCAUCAUGACUCGAAAACUAUCUUGAAAUUUGUGUAACUGUUGCACUCUUGUGCCACAUUUACGGUAAUAUAGGACAUUAGCAGCCACAACAAUGAUAAGCAUUCAAUUUUCUUCUAAGUUCCUAAUAUCUAAUUGAAAGGAUCGAAUGCAAACAAAACAAAAAAAAAAAAACAAAAAAAAAAAAAACUAUUAAAUAGUAACGAACGACAACAGUAUCACACCGAUAAUAUUUAUAACAAAAAUUAAUUACAACAGUGCUACCUAGUAACAACAAGACGGAAUAGCAGUUCAUAAUAAAACACAACUGAGAAACAUCGGAUAUCAGCCAAACAAAUCCUGCAAGGAUGCAUUAUCUACUGCUGUUUUGUAGGAUAACCAUUUUUAUACAGUACGGAAUGCAUUUCAGAAAAUCAUCGCACACUCGUGUAACUCUAAUUAGUAAACUUAAAAAGGUGGAACUAUCGGACCCAAAAAUUUAAGCCGUACACAGUAAUUUGGAUAUAUUGACGAUAACCAUUUAGCGUUUAUUGCGAAAAAUAGUAACAAUCAAAGAGAAAAAGAGAGAGUGUGGAAAAGAGGUGUGGAAAAGUGCCACAGGGCAUGUUUAUACCUGAUACACUGAGAAGCUGCAUGAUUGAGACGGACGUGUCAUCAUACUUGCAAACAUCAUCCUCAGGACAGGAUGAAUUUCAUCCGUUCAUCGAGGCCCUCCUGCCAUUUGUCAAAUCAUUUUCAUAUUCAUGGUUCAAUUUGCAAGCCGCAAAACGAAAGUACUACAAAAAACAUGAAAAACGUAUGUCACUGGAGGAGGAACGACAUUGCAAAGAUGAAUUACAAAAUGAAAAAGCGGAGGUAAAACAAAAGUGGGCAUCCCGUUUGCUGGGAAAGCUGCGUAAAGAUAUUACUCAGGAAUGUCGAGAGGAUUUUGUGCAGUCUAUCACCGGAAAGCGAAAAUCAAUUUGUGUGCUUUCGAAUCCCGACCAAAAAGGGAAAAUGCGCCGUAUCGAUUGCUUAAGACAAGCAGAUAAAGUAUGGCGUUUAGACUUGGUAAUGGUUAUACUAUUUAAGGCAAUACCACUGGAAAGUACAGACGGGGAAAGAUUAGAGAAAAAUCCGGAAUGCACUCAUCCAAGUUUAUGUGUUAAUCCCUACCACAUCAAUGUAUCUGUUCGUGAGCUGGACCUAUAUUUGGCGAAUUUCAUCAAUACACAUGACCCACUGCACAGUCCAACAUCGCCUUCGCCACCACCAACAUCAACAGCGCUAUUUCUUUAUAAUACUGAUAGUCAUGUUAACGUCAACAGCAAUACAAAUGGUAGUAACAAUAACCUGAACGAGAUUAAAAAAGACACCGAAAUAUGCAAACAUAAAGGUUACAGCCAUAAUCCUUACAAUGGAGUUAUAUGUAAUGAUAUAAUAUUGGCUACUGGUGUUUUUUCAUCGAAGGAAUUAUGGAGACUUUCUAAAGCAUCUAUUCUUGAUGAAACAAGCAACGAUUUGCUGUCUACAAAUGUCAGCCAUAUUAAAAUGGAAAAUUCAGUCGGAGGUUAUGAAUGUAACACAUAUCAGUUGCCGCCACCGCCAACUGGUGUAGACGUCGCUAAUAAUUUGAUAACGACGGGCAAUAUGUUAUCUAAUGCAGAUUCUGGCCGAUCGGUUGCUACUGGUUCUUCAAUGGUUGCUCCAGCGGGAUACAGCAUUGACUUUGUUGAUCCACGUAGUAUGCAUUUGCCACCAUCGCCACUACUACGUGCUCAAGGAGCUGUGUGUAAAAAUGACCCAUGUGCAUCUCCGCCUGAUUCUGGUGCAAACAAUGGAAGUAGUAGUGGUUUUUCUGUGAUAUUGCGUCCAACCGAUUCUACGGGUGCGAACGUACAGGGAAGCGAUGUGUCAACGCUUCACCGAUACACACCCUCAUUAAAUCGUUCCUUACUGAGCAUGAGUCAAAUGCGAUCAAAUGAAGUACUGAUAGAACACAAUUCGACUCCGGCUUUAGUUACGAAUGCGUUAAGCCCUGGUACAUUGUACUAUCAAUUGCAUAAUAGUCCCACUGGCCCAUCAGAUUCCAAUGAUAGCAGUACUCAGCAUAAUCAUCAUCACCAACCGCGGCAAACUCAACAUAAUGAGCAUCAACAGCACUCGCAUGGGCAUAGCUCACAAAUAACGGUUGCUGCAGGAGCAGCAGCUGCUGCUGCUGUUUCAAUUUCAAAAUAUCCUUCGGAGGUUGUUAAUGGUCAUGAUAUGUCCGAUUUUGUAACAUAUGUUUGUCAAGAAACAGGAAGUAGCAAUGUACCCAUCAAUGAAGUUCACCACCCGGCGCAUCAUCAAACGCAUUUCCAGUUACAAACAGUCGCUGCUGGUGCUGUAGGGUCGAUUCGUAAUGCAAAAAUAUCCUCCGCAAUAGCUUCGCCAGUUGCCACAACCUCUCACUAUCAACAAUACAGUACAAUGCUUCCUCCGCCGCCUUUACCACCAAUGGCACGGCCAGUGGCAAUAAUUAGGUCAACAGGUGAUUUGACAAUGGUUGAAUCUCCACCUUCGUCUGUCACACCUCCAAAUGUAAGUCAUUCGACCAAAGAACCAUCUUGCCAACAACAAUCACAGCGCCAGCAGGACCAACAGGGCCAUCAGCAUCAGACACAAUCGCACACACAACAACAUUCGCAGCAUACCAGCGUCGAACACGGUGAACCAAAUAAUCAAACUGUAACACCGAAUGGCUCUACAAGCGUUAAUGCAAGCAAAAGAAGUGGAAAUUCGGUUUCCAGCACAACAGACGCAAUCACCGUUACAAGCUCCAAUGUGCAAACAAAUACAUCCCUUACUAGCGGGAGUAAUAACAGCAGCAGUAGUUCAACUGAUAUUGUUGUUGCGAGUUCGCCGCCCCCUCCGUUAAGUCCCCAAGGGCAUAUAGAUGUUGUGCGUAGCACAAAACCAUCUGCUGGUCGUAUUGCGUCACAAUCGUACUCAUCAGCCACCAGCCGGGAAUAUUUUAAUCAUUUUCACACUCAGGCAGCUCCACUUCUUGGCUACACAAGUUCUAUUUCAACUAUUUCCGGUGUUAUUAGUCCAACUAAUUUAAGUUUAUAUUCUUCUCCGAUCACCGGGGCUGCAAAUGCGUCUCAUCGGUCUACUUCACGGUCACGAUGGAAUCCGCCGUUUCUUAUGGAGGAUGAAUUUAGUAUGAUGACACAUUCAGUGCCCAGCACAAAUUCCGAUAAUGUUCCGGUGAUAUUAAUGGAAGAUGCGUCCGGCCGCUAUAGUGAAGAAUAUACUCAGAAUCGUGAUUACAUCACAUGAUUAAAAAUGCCUUCAUAGAUGACUACUGUAAAGAUAACUAGAACUGUUUUGAUAACAAUAGUUAGAAUUUAUACAUACGUAUUUUAUUUUAUGAAACAAACAAAUUCUUGAUAUUAGUACGUUAAGAAAUUUAAUUGUUAAAACGAAACAUACGUAUACAUUUAUCGAAGUAUACACAUAUAUUAUACAUAGUAUAUGUAUACCCAUGCAUUAAUAUAUGUACUAGGCUGGUAAUAGUACCAACUAUGGAUCUAUUCACACAUUACACACAUUCAAACAUUAUUAUAAAUAAAUACUUUAAUUAGGGCUAGAAUACCAGGUGGAAAAGAUAGAAGACAAAUUUAGUUAAGCAUCACAUACUCAUGGGCGUAUAGGACUACCUUAAAAGGCAAAUAAUAAUUGCAAAUUAAAUAAUAUAUAGCACGUAUAUUAUACACUAUGCAUGUAUGCAGAUACGUAUACAAUAUUAUGCACACACUCACCACAUAAACAACAUUGCUGGGAACACCCGAUAUAGAGAAAAAUUGCUUUGUUUGUAACUAGUGCGAUUUCUCUAAUUGCGAACCCUUUUGCUUUCAUUUGUCUUCAGAGUUUUACUUUUCUUAACUAAAAAACAAUUUUUUACAGAAGAACCCAAAAACGUUUUAAAAUGAAGGGUAUUUUAGAAAGUGAUUUAAUUAAAAAAAAUUAUUCAGUUUUUUAUAUACAAUAUAAAGUUAAUGAACAAAACAAUUCAUUAAUUUAAUAAAUACCAUAGCAAGGAAUGCAAAUAACACAACUUCAAUAAACAAUUAAAACACUAAAAGAUGAUCAAUUAUUUCUCUAUCUCAAAUCUGAAAGCUUUAAUAAUUGCUGCUUACUUCGCUUUACACUGUGGGACUGUUUGCGCUUGCCGCAAAAGAAAGAGGAAAGUUCAUUUUGUACUCUUCACACGCAGAGACUUCUGGCAUAUUGCACUGGCUACUUCUUUCAUCCUCGUGGAAAAUAAUAUCCUGGUUGGAAAAUAUAUGUUAUAUACAAAAUAUUUAAAAUAUAUGUUUUUAUACAUAACAUAAGAACAUACUUAACAUAUGCAUACAUACGGUGGCUACACCCAAUAUUUUUGAGAAAGUAUACAUUUUUUAAAACUUACUUUCGUGGAGCAACGAAGCCUUUCAGAAAAUCCAUAUAGUGGUUUCCAUAUAGUGCCAUGUUGCUUCAUCUUAGAAACCAUCUGCCGACUUUACUUUCAAUAAAGCCGUCUGUCUGACGAAGCGAUGUCUACGCGACUUCCGACAGCUUUAAGAAUGUUUCACGUUUGGGAGAGUUAAGAAAGAUAUAUAAUAUAUAAUAUAUAAAUACUUAUGUUUGCAUACAUACCAGGUACACCCACACCCACUUUUAUUUCAAUAGUUGUUGCUGAAAAGAUAGGAGUUUUUUUCGUUAAGACAUAUGUGUACCCUGACCGCUCUAUUAUUUUCACCUCCAUUUUCUGUAAACAUAUAAAUAUAAAUAUGUUUUGAAAAUAUCAAACUUAAAUACCAAUUUUGAUUGCAUUUUUAGAUUUUUACAUACUUAUUUUAUGUUCAAUGCAAAGUAUAGCGAAAAUCUCAAAUAUCUACAUUUACUCACGCUUGUUCUAAAUAGCUAAGUUGUUUGUGAUAGAAGUUAUUGGUACGUAUACUAACACAUACAUAAAUGAAUCUGUAAAGGAAUCCAUUAAUACGGAACUGGAUUGAUUCUAGUGUUUCGACAGUUUUGAAUUGGUACACCAACUAUAUGCUAGAGGUGAGAUCUAGCACAUUCAUGCUCCUUUUUCGAUAGUUCUAAGUUGUAUGUAUGUAUGUAUGUAUGUAUAUGCUUAUGAACGGAUAAUAGUGUAGAUUCUUAUUGGAAAAACACAUUGCUUCCAGCUUAGCUCAAACCAAUAUCUUACGCGUCAGAAAUCGCGUGAAGGGUAAUCGCUUACGCAUAUUUUUCUGCUUUGUCACUGUCACACUCUGAAGACAAAUAUAUUUGUUAUUUUAGUUUCAUAAUUAUUAAUUUCGUUUAAAUUUAAUUUAAUGCUUUCUUAUGUUGAUAAUCUAAAUUUUCUACAUUUUUUAAUAUUAAAUAUUGUAAAUUUGUAUUUUAGUUCUGAAUUUAUAUCUUAAAUGUCUGUUCUGAAUUUUGUUAGACAUUAAUGAAUAAAUAAAUAUGAUAAGUGUAUUGGAGACAUCGUACUAUUUCAGAACUGCAAAUUUCAUUUACUACCACUGGUUCCUUUUGCAGGAUGCAUACAUAUUCAUAUUGCCAGUGUGAGAAAAAGCUGUUUACUAGAUAUAUACUAUAUACUAAUUAAGGACUACCAUAUAACAUAUGAGCCUUAGACUACACCUAAAUAUGUACAUGCGUAUGAAACAAUAAAUGGUCACUAAAACAACAUGUGCAUGCACAUAUGUAUAUGUAAAUCUAAGAGUAAAUAUUCCGUUUGUAUAUAACUGGUAAUCGUAGAAAACCAUUGACUAAAAGUAAGAGGGUAAUUUUGCUUUUGUGAUAAAUAAUAAAUAAUAUACAACCUUGGGCUCGUUUUUUGUAUCUAACUCUGAAAAAAAGCUUUCGUGAACUGAAUAUUAUUAUUUAACAAAAACGCAUAGACAAACACUUAAUCAUUAAUUCUACAUUACUUACAUUCAAUACAUACAUAUAAUACAUACAUACUUACCCCAUGUCAUCUUAAGUUUUCUGAUAAAAAUGGCAGUUAUGAUCUAUAUAGAAUAUAUGUAACACAACAAUAUUUUUUAUUCUUUUACACAUUUUUUGCUUAAUUUUAGUUUCUGGAUGUACCUAAAUAUGCAUUAUCAAUAUAUUUGAAAUACGUAUAUACAUACACGUACCAAUUAAAACAAAACCAUUAGUCCGAAAAGUGUGCCCAGAUUAUAUCGUAGAAGGUUUUUUUCUAUAAUUGUUCCAUUACCUUUACACAUUUUAGUUUAAAAGUAAUAAAAUGUGCCAAAAAUUCCAAGCCCACGAUUUGUUUAGAAUGAAUAUUUAUGAUAAAAGAACAAGAUAUUUUGCUAAAAGUAAUAGUUUUAAUAAAUUCGAAUGUUUGAUACGUUAGAUUAACAUAUAUAAGUAAUUGUCAUGUUAAUAAUAGCGGAAGCAUAAAACUUGUAAAAUUUGAUCGAGUAUCUCCUCCAACUUGUGUUCACUACUCUUGAAUGUUUUUCUUUUACGAUUUUUUUUAUUGAAGAUUUUUGAGCCUGAAAUUUUUGUAGGCGUAACUUCGGGAAGAUUGUAUGAAUUUUGCGAAAACAUUAUGAAUAGUAAUAUAUUAUUUUUCAGAAACUGGUAGAUUUUGCCAAUUACUAAGAUUAUAUUUGGAGACAUUACCUCUCUGUGAGCUUCUAAUGUUUUCUUUUUUGUUUUGCGUUUUUAGUUUUUUCUUUAAUAAUCUCUCGUUCCUUGCUACUUCAUCUUGCUCAAUUGCUUUUCAAAAAGUUCCUGCGGUCACAUUUUCUGGAAUUAAAAUAAAAUAUGUUUUAUUAAAUAAAAUAUGUUUUAUUAAAUAAAAUAUGUUUUAUUUUAAUUUGGCCAUAUUGUUUUGAACUUUGCAGUUUUCCAGUAGGGUGUUUUUGUUGAUGCACAAACAAAAUUCGUAGUACCAUAAAUGGGCGGAAAAUAGUAAGCAUAUGCAACUAUGCAAUUUCUGUAUGUAUGGCUUUAUUGGUUCAAACUUCCUGAAAGUAAUAAGAAACAAUGUCUGUGAUACGAAGAUUAUGAAAAGUAUUUACAUGUUAUGAUUGAAAAAAUUAAUUAUGGUAGUUCUAGUUGAAAACAUAUGGGAAAAUUUGUUCUGAAGUCCCAAGUGAACAGUCAUGCAAGUGAGUUCGUCACUCAAGUCUUCCCAAGUUGGUAAGUGUAUGUACAUAUAUUCACAUAAAUCUUGAUACUUUGAAUCCGUAUGAGCUGAGAAUGUAAACUCAGGAUUUAUUAUUGUUUUUUUUGUAUAUUAUGUGCUCUAUUUGUAAAUUAUUUUAACACGUCCAUUCAUACUUAUCAGUUUAAAGACGUUAUAUCACUUUCUUACAUACACACACGUUAUUGUACGUACGAACUUUCCUGCAUACCUAUACAGAUUUUUAGAAAGCUGAGCCUUAUGAAACCCUUUCUAACUUUAAUAAUACUACAUAUUUUUAAUAUACAUAAUUUGCUUACUACUUACUGACAGCUUAUAAUGCCAAUAAGCUAAAAUGAUAAGAGCAAAUGUGACAAAUAACUAUAUUCGUGCAUAAAACGUAAAAUCGAGGGCUUACACUGAGAUUAACCAAAAGAUUAAAUUGAGACAAUAGUAGAUGUAACUUGAACAGAAUAUGCAAUUUUAAUAAUAGCAGUUAAUUAAACAAAAUGCCUACCAUUUCAUUAAAUAUAUAUAAACAAUAAUCAUUCUAUAGCUAUUGCGUAGAUGAUUUGGUAUAUUUUAUAUGUAUGUAAAUAUACAUUAUAUACUUGUGUAAAAAAUCGUAGAAUCUUAGAAACAAAAAAGGGAAGAGUACUUCUGAAAAUUAAUGAAAGGAAUUAAUACAUACUAUAUGUAUGAGACGUGUAUGCAUGCAUAUACAUAUGCACUUGAACCUCUUCCUACGCGGCCUUUUGCAAGCGGAUUUUUUAAUGCAACUCCAAUUAUUUUUAGUACGCGGUAGAUCACGAUUCGAGUAUUGAACGCUUGAUUUUAUUUCCUUUAAGAGAACACUAAAACACACUCUGUUUGCCCAACAAAAUACACAAAGAAUUCAUUGGUAGGAAUCACAACAAAAUGGUCGAAAAAUUUUAAAUAGAAAAUUGAUCAAAUAUUAGUAAGGAAAAAUUAUGAACAAAUAAAGGUAUACAUACAUAUGAGGUAGUAUUACUAUGUGAUACUGACACAAAGUAUACGAAAUGUAUACGUAUGUAAGUAAGCAAUCUAGAUGAAAAUUAGUUUGGGUGGUGGUGAACUAACUGCUGUUUGAUGAAAUGAUUUGAAGAAGAAAAGUCUCAAAGCUUUAUAACCAACAUUUUCUAGAACUAAUUGAAAUCAGUAAAUGUUGAGUUCGAUCUCAUUUAUAAAUUCUUGCAAAAAUAUAUCUUUGUUUUGUUCUUUGCUUUAAUAAAUAUCUAAUAUAUGUAUAUAAAUAAUUAAAACAAAAAAUAGGUAUACUCAUAUGCAUUGUGUUUGCAUGAGUUUGAAGAUAAUUUUUAGGUCUCAGCUGAACGUGUGAAAAGAAGAUCAAGUGUACUUUAGAAAUCAUUUACGUAUAUAUGCAUUUGCAUUCAUUGAACAUGCUCAAAAUAUGUAUUAUAACUAAUACGUUAAUUCACGGUAUUCAACAAUUGAGAUACUACAAGAUAUUUGAAAUGAGUCCUUUAUUACGAGAAUAAUUACAAUUGUGCUUCAAUACAGAGUGCAAUAUUAUUAUAUUUAAAAAAAGAACUGGAUAUUUGGGUCCUAACAUUUAACUUUGGAGCGAACUAGAAUAUGUAGCUCAAAACCGUGUCCGUCGGCGAAGAGACACCCUAUGCUCCAAUAGGAGCUAAAGGAACAAAAUAUAAUAAUAAUCUACAUAUACAACUUUUGCAGAAUAAAUGUAGUAGAACUUAUUCUCAGCUGCUUGGAUGCUGAUAUAUGUAACUGCACUUUGCAAUGAGCUUGUAAUGGAAUGGAUAGUAAUGUAUUUGUAAAGUAAAUUCUAAAGGAAGCCUUUAAAAAUAAAUGUUCAAUUUCCUCGUA